GCAAAUUAUGUGCCUAAUUGGUUCUAAAUUUUCACAGACGCCAGGAUUGAACAUCAUUACAGAGUAUAUAAUUGGGUAUAUAUAUCCAGGAUACCCAAUUGCUAAUAUGUGCUUCAAGGUUUAUGGUUACAUAAGCAUGACACAGGCUGUCACUUUCUUGCAAGACUUCAAACUUGGUCACUACAUGAAAAUUCCUCCUAGAACAAUGUUCAUGGCACAGAUUGUUGGCACUUUGAUUGCCGGCUUUGUGUACCUUGGCACAGCAUGGUGGCUGUUGGAGACCAUCUCUGAUAUAUGUGAAACAACAGCCUCCAACAGCGUCUGGACGUGUCCUAGUGACACUGUGUUCUAUGAUGCUUCUGUCAUAUGGGGCCUAAUAGGGCCUCGCCGGAUUUUUGGUGAUUUGGGAUAUUAUGAGGCUGUCAACUGGUACUUUCUAGGCGGGGCAAUUGCUCCUCUGCUUGUAUGGCUGGCCGCUAAGGCAUUCCCUCAACAAGAAUGGAUCAGGCUCAUCAACAUGCCUGUCAUGCUUGGUGCCACUGGAAUGAUGCCACCAGCUACUGCAGUAAACUACACUGCUUGGAUCAUUGUAGGCUUUCUAUCUGGAUUUGUUGUGUACAGAUAUCGACCAGACUUAUGGCAAAAAUACAAUUAUGUUCUUUCCGGGGGCCUGGAUGCUGGCCUUGCCUUCAUGGGAGUGCUUAUAUAUCUGUGCUUGGGGCUAGAAGACAUUAGCUUGAAUUGGUGGGGGAAUGAUCUUGAUGGAUGUCCAUUGGCAAGCUGCCCUACAGCCAAGGGAGUUGUAGUUGAAGGCUGUCCAGUAGUCUACUAGAGAUGUUUCAACUUUCAACAAUAGAAGAUAUCAAUUUCUUUGACACAAAUCAAAAUUGCUAUGUAAUUAAUGAACACCCUUUGUUCUCUCUUCACGAAUUGGGUAAAAGAUGAAUUAAUAAUUGAUAUUUUUAGUU